CAGACUGUCAGAUGGAGCUGCUCUAAAACUAACUGCACUGUUUCAAUGUGGUGCUCCAAUUAUUGAAUGCUUUUUAGUUCUUACAGUUGUUUAUCUAGUAACCUGGCGUAGCCAUGGAGGAACCGGACAUUCGGCAGCAGAAACUGGACAACCAGAGAUCCCUGUUGAUGAAGAAGCAGCAAAAGAAAAGGGCAGACACUCAAAUGGUGGUAGCAAAUCGAGACACCCGGCAAAAGACACGGAAACACAAAGCCGCCCGUUCAGACGAGACCCCGCUGCUGAUCAGCCAGUCCCUCAGCAGCGCCUCCCUGACCGGAGAGGAUCAAGUGGAGCACGCACAUGACAACCCGCUGGAUGAGAUCACGCUGGGGGAAUGUGAGCCCAUGGCAACAAUGAUAUUAGAGGAAAUAUGUGCUGAGAAGCCUGCUACUCCCAGAAAUAUGAAUUUUGACAUUGACCAAGAGGAGGAUGAAGAGGAGGAGGAGGAGGAGGAACUGGUGAAGGUGGACAAGGAGGCCUCUCAGCAUGGAACAAAGGCAAAGAAGAAGGACUUGAAAAAGGAACGAUCAAAAGAAGAGGAGCAAAGUGACGAAAGGGAAAAGCCAAAAAAAGAGAAAAAAACAAAGAAGAAAGACAAAGGGAAGGAGUCAGAAGACAGCCAGGCGACCAAGAAGACCAAGAAACAUGCACGAACAAAGAAGAGCAACAAAGAGGCUUCACAUGGUGUGGAUGGGUCCGUUGGAGAAGAAGCAAGUCCUGAGAGCAGACGCAGUGGAAGCGAUGAGGAGGAAGACAAACCUCUGAAAGCAGCCUCCCAGUCCGCCAGUAAGAACAAAAGACUGGACACCACCAGGUGCCAAAUUAGUGACGAGAGCAAAGACGAGGACGUGCAGAAGGAAAAGAGGGAGGGGAAGAAUACAAAAGGAGAGAAGUCUGCGUCCAGUCUCGCCUCACUCAACACUAAUUUCAAAGACGGAUCCUCGUCUGGCUGUGAAUCCAACGACAGAACAACAUCUCCGAUAUCUGUGGAAGAUCUGGAGAAGUUUGCUCUGCAACCCGCACCGAGAGAUGUAACCAUACAAUGUCGAGUGACCAGAGACAGGAGGGGGAUGGAGAAGGGUCUUUACCCCACAUACUACCUCCACCUGGAGAAGGAGGAUGGCAAGAGGGUGUUUCUCAUGGCAGGCAGAAAACGGAAGAAGUGCAAAACGUCCAAUUACCUCAUCUCCACAGAUCCCACCAAUCUGUCCAGAGACACCAGCAGCUACAUCGGGAAGCUACGGUCCAACGUUCUGGGCACGAGGUUCACUGUGUUUGAUGGAGGCGAAAACCCUGAGAAAAAGCCAUUCAUCCAAGAGUGUGAAGCUCUGCGGCAAGAGCUGGCAGCCAUUUGUUAUGAGACAAACGUUCUUGGAUUCAGAGGUCCGAGGAAGAUGACCGUCAUCAUCCCAGGAAUGCUGGAGAGUGAGGAAAGAGUUACAAUUUGUCCCAAGAAUUUCAGCGUCCCUCGCCAGGAGCAGGAGACACUGCUGGCCCGCCAUGCCAGCCACAACACUGACAAACUGGUGACUCUUGUGAACAAGUCUCCCAGCUGGAAUGAACAGACUCAGUCGUACGUGUUGAACUUCCAUGGUCGGGUCACCCAGGCGUCAGUGAAGAACUUUCAGAUCAUCCACCCUGACAAUGAUGACUACAUAGUGAUGCAGUUCGGACGCGUUGCUGAGGACGUCUUCUCCAUGGAUUACAGCUUCCCUAUGUGCGCCCUUCAAGCCUUCGCCAUCACCCUUUCUUCAUUUGACGGCAAACUGGCCUGUGAGUGACCUGAGCUGGUGCUCAACUGCUGGACCGGACCAAACUUCAUAAUCUUGCACCACGCAAAGUGCAAUAUAUACAUAAUAAAGUGUAGCUCAUUUUUGUAUCAAAUGGGGUCCAUGGUCAUUUACUGUUACUGUUCAAGAAACACCAAAGUUGUGACCACUCACUACGCAAACCUCAAGUGACGCAAUAUUUGGGGACGAAUGAUUUAUUUUCAGCUGAGUUCAGUAUGUAUUUCACUCACAAUUGACGAGCUGUGUGUAAAUACAUCCCAUCUUACCUCAGUUUAAGAUCACCGCCUCUUUCUUCAGGUGUGCUGGUGUUGUCUUGUACGAGUUAAAAAUUUGGAAAUACAGGGGAAAAAAAUUGAACACAAGAUUCUGGAGAGCCUUUACACUCCCUUCCAUUACAGUACACAACUUUCUUUUUCUCAAGAAAAACCCAUUUACUUAAUGACUGGUUGCGAUUUGUUCAAGCGCAUUUCACGUCCAUCAACACACACAGUUGCAACCUCCACAAAGCUACACCCUAACUACAGCCUUUAACUCGGGUCUAAAACAACUUAAAAUGUGUCUUUACUUGCUCCGGUUUUGAACGUAAAAUUAGUCACUGA